AUGCAUGAACAAUUAACCCUCUCGUUUGAUGACAAGUUGGGUACUAGUUUUGCCGAGGACUUGAUCUCUCAGUUUGACUUGAAACGGGAUUUAUUACAUACUGUGGACUUUCUUUCAACUAAAAAUCUUAUGGAAACAGAUACUCCAUUUUCUUCCAUGGACGACAACGUAACCUCAUUAGAUAUCAACAUGAAUUCAGUACCGGAAAAAACAACUACCAUGGCAACAAAGGAAGAAAUAGAACAAGUAGUAGCAGACUCGACAAAGGAAGUACAAGAAAAGAGGGGUUCAAUUAUUUUACCUUCUACCUCAUUGGACUUGUUACCGACUUGUGAUACAACUUUACCUUCAUCGCCACCACUAACGAUGCAGAAUCACCAACAACAAGAACAACAUGAAACCAAAAAAGAAGAUAUAGAACUACCUUCUUCCAUCACAAUGAAUAUACUGUCCUCUUCUUCUUCUUAUUCUUCCUCACCACCACCUACUCUUAUUGACCGAACACGACGCCGGCAACAAAAUAAUCAUAAUCUUCUUCGACGUUCCUCAGCUUAUUUGCGCCAAAAGUUUUUCUCGGCAGCAUCAACACCUGCAGCACCUCCUACUCCAGUCGUACCCGCUCAUGUAUCUGAUAGUCCUCAUGAUAUGACAACAACUACUCUUCCAUCAAAAACUACCACCACUGCCUCUCCUUUGGAUGAUACCCCUACAAAGACCCUCCAUACAAACAACAACAAAACAAAUGAUGAUAAUACUGGAUCAAGAACUCUUCCCAUCGCUGAGAAAAAACAACAUCAAAGUAGAGUUGGAAAACCGCCUAAUUUGGGGACAAUGACUGCUCCUUCUUCUUCUUCUUCUUCUUCUCCUCCUCCUCCUCAUUCUACUUUGCCUCCUUGUUCAACUCCUAUGAUGACACCUUGCCAAUAUCCGCCCAAACCUCUUCGCUAUUCACCUGUGGAUCCUCCCAAUGAUCAUCACCGUGUUUCGUUCCCCAUCCUUUCCUCUUGGCGCAAACGAUCUCUUCAUGAUCCAAGAAGACAAUCUGAACCUAUUAUCUCGGCGGCACAUAUCAAAGGACGGCGAUCCUUCUUUUUCCUCUGA